UUUUCCCUUGUUGCUAGAGCAAAUGUCUUUGUCAAUUCUCUAGCUUUAACUUCAAAUACAUCAUUGUGUCUCAUUGUGUCUCGACUCCAUGCUCCUGAAGUUUACAUUACAGUAAGUACAAGAUUAGUCUGUGUCCUAGAUUACUGACUUCCUCUUUCGUUGUGGCAUUGAGUGGCAUAUUUAGCAGACCACAAUGCUAUUCUUUCUUUUCUCCAUUUCUGGUAUAAAUAAUUGGGAAAGUGUAAAGUAAAUCUACUGCUGCCUCAUCAAAAUGACAAUAUGGAAAAACUGCAAUUUACUAGCAACGACAUUUCAAUGACUGGAAUUAAAUCAAAAGAUCAACUACACUUAUAUAUCCUUAAAACGUGUUGUCAAACGUCCAACAUUUAAACCAGCUAAUUGCAGUUGGUCAACAUGAUGCAAGACCUGUUGUGACGUGCGAGGCUGGAUUCUCUCUUAAUUGUGUCCAUGGCAACUCUCUGUUUUUCUGCACUGUUUAGUGAUCAAACAUUGCCGUUUUCAAAGUGAACAACUUGUUGAUGUUGUAUUUUUAAUUCAGGUGUUUAUUUGAUUAAAUCUGUUCACAUAUCAAAAAUGUAUUCAUCGGAGUUGGAUUCCAUCGACAGCACUGGCAGCGAAGACGAAGAGGGAAAGAUAUACCAAUUGAUUUAUGACCUGAUCCCCGAAAAUGACAAGGAGGAAAAAGAAGACUUUCAAAUCCUAUGCAGCUCUGAGGACAUACCUGUGCCUCUGAAAAUUGAUGCUGAAAGAAGCGUGCCAUCACAUACAGUUGCUUACAAUGACACAAGGGGGCUAUACAUGGAGGAGUUUAACUAUUUUGAGGAAAUCCCAGCACAAAAUGGAACUGAAUCUCCAAGAGAAAAACCAUGGAGGUCAGCUGGUGCUGACAUCACAGAUUACUUUAACUAUGGUUUUGAUGAAGAAAUCUGGAACAUGUACUGCAAGAAACAGGCACAGGUCCAUGCAACUAAUAGAAAACUAUACCUGGGCCAGAAGGGGCACACUAGACAAGAAGAAAAAGAUUGUUCUGCUUAUCCUUCCUCAGGUAGCCCAACUUCCAGACAGCCAAGUGCUACAAAUAAUGUGAUUGGAGGAAAACCUGGAACUAGCCGCAAAGUGAAAAGACACAAUUAUCAGGUCGUUACUGAGAUGUCCCCUGAGGCGGAUAGAGUUUUUCAUCAUGUGCCCUCUCCGUCAAACUUCAACUCUCUCUUUGCAUUUACCAGUCCACCACCUCACCUUUACCGUGGAGGACCCCCAGCUCUUGCUUCAUUGGACAGUGAACACUCAAAAGGCUUUGACGAUCCCUCCACCUCCCAGCCAUGUUCUUCAGGUGUAUCUUACUUUAUCCCAAGAAAUAUGGCCCUAAACGCAGGGGUUCGUGAAACUGCCAAGGCCUGGGAAUUCAUAUUACGACAGGAAGAGGGUGAAAACUCCAGAGAGAAAUCCAGAAAGCGCGUCCGUGCUAAAGGCAGUAGAAGAGGCAGAGAUAGAAACAGGGGGAGAUGUUCCACUCCACACAGUGGCAAAGAGAGGAUGAGGAACAGGGAUGAAGUGGAGCGAAGGCACAGCCGCCACAGUUCUGACAGGCUCAGUGAGAGGCACAGAGUGUGCAGUCACAGAGACAACAGCGAAGGAAGGAAAAAAUCAUCAAGCAGAAGCAGAAGCAACAAGAGCAGGAGGGACAGUGGUGAGGACAGAGAAAGUCAGAGUAGACACAAAAACAAAAAGGCCAACAAAUAGGAAGGACAAGGAGAUCAACAUGAUGUUCUCUGCUGGCCAAGAGAGGAAAUUAAAAUCUGAGUGGCUUUCUGUUCCUCAAUCUAUUUAAUGAGAAGAAUUGCCCUCUGGCAUCUAACUUUGCAGUGAAUUUUGUUAAGAUUUGUAUGUAUUGUGAACAAAACGUUUGUGUUGCGCCUGCUUUUAGUGUGUUUGUUGAGUUGAAGUAAGGAUUUUAAGUAUGUAUACUCUCACAACUUUCAUUUUCAAAUGACUUUAUUGAUCAUUUAACCAAAUGUACCAUCAGAUAUACUACACAGGCCGAAGCGUGACAGAUAGAACCACAGUAGAUGGGCCUCAGACCAUCCACUGAUACACAGAAACCAAGUCAGUUUUUUUUUCUUAAAAGUAAGAAAAUUUGUAAGGCCUCCAUAAU